AUGUCAGUUCUUGGCGAGGACAAGGCGGCAUUGUGUGGGGCAUCUGCGCAUGCGAUUUGCAAGGCCAACACGCCCACCUUAAGGUCCGAGGGCUUCCCCCUCAUGCACAAGGGCGUCAUCUUCUUUGAGAGGUUGGUAUUGUGCUACCUCCCCGACUUGGCAAACCAUCUCCACGGUUGUGGAGUGCUACCUCUCAGCUAUCUCCCCAACUGUUGGCUGUCCCUCUUCGGGAAGUGGCUGCCCCUGCCUGCCGUCAUUGAGGCCAUGGACAUCUUCUUAGAGGCUGGUCUUCGCGGCGUGUUGGCUGUUACCCUCGCGCUCUUCCAAUUGCAGAAGAGGCGCCUCAUGGCAGCCCCGAACAUGGAGGCUCUGUUAGAGCUGGUGAACCAGGAGAUGCGAACGCUUCCCAUCGAUGGGGAGUUGCUGGUGAAAUGUGCCAGGCUUUGGCUUCCUCGUGUGGACGACGUCAUUCAGGAGACCUGCGUGCCGCCAACGUAG